AAGACUCAGCGCCGCCCGGACGGGCCCCCCCGCAAGGAGCCCGGGGAGCCCCCCAGGAACGAGCCCGAGGCCCGGUGGGAGGUGGCCGCCCAGCCCAGCUCAGGCCCAAGAGCCGCCGCGGCCUCCAGUGGCAGCCGGGCCCGGGCGAGAGGAGCUGGGGCCUGGGGAGAGGGAAGCCAGGGACAGCCCCGUCCCCCCCCCCCCGCGGGAGAGACCCCAGAUCCCAGCCGUGGGGAGAGAGCCUCAUAGGCAGCUCCCUGAUCCCCAGCCACGGGGGCGAGACCCCAAUCCCCAGCCCCAAAUAUCUGCCAAGCGGCGGACGCAGCCCACUGACUGGGGUGAGACUCUCUGCAGCCCCCUUCCCAUCCGGUGUCGAGCCACCCUCAGCUCCCCAGGAGCUCGUCAGAGGGCACAGAGGGACACCCUCCCCCAUCCCUCCAGAUCUAAAAUAGACAAGAAGACACCCCCUCCCCCAUUUUUCCCAAGCCCAGCCAGACAGUCAGUGGGGAACCUCCGGGAGAGAGACCCCUUAUGUCCAUCGGGGACAGAGCAAGCCCUCAAAUAAUUAUCCAGAAAGAAGCAAAACCCCAAAUAGUUACCCAGUAAUUAAUUAACACCCAUUCAGUACCCAACAAGAAAGAAAGGCCCGGGGAAGAGACACCCCUCACCGACUGGCAGUGCCUAGAACAGAGUUAUAGAUACCAACCUAGCAAGGGGCACUCCCCCCUGAAAGAGGAAAUAGCCCCACACUCCUAUAAAAAGACUAUCCCAAAUAUCCCAUGUAAGGUGAGGGAGAAACACCUGUCAGCCAGCCACCAGGGUAGAGAAAAGAGACUUCCUUGAAAUAUCCACAGUUAGUAAGAGGAACUCCCCCAGAGAAGGGGGAGAUUUGCCUGCCCCAAAAAGGUGAUGUGAACCUAUAGGGAAGAGAAAAGGGACCCCCAGUUAGGGAGGGAAGGGAGAAUUGAACUCCCAUAUAACCAGAGAGCCAGUGGGGAGAAGAAAACAGUAUCUUAGCUAUUAAAGAAGAGAGAAAGGAGGAGAUCCCUAUCCUAGGAUACCACCCAGCAAUUUAGAGGGCAGACAGCCCCAAGCAGAUCAUUCUACCUCUCAGGGUCCCUACUUCAUCCACAACCCCUUCCCUCUCAAAAUCUGAAGAACUUGGAAUAGCUGGCAGCAAUGCUCUGAGGAUGGAGUCCAGUGGAGGAGUGUGAAGGGCAGCACCCCCAAAACCAGUGCUGGAGAUAACGCCCUCCUCCCUACAGAAAACCUUCCAGACAGACAGACACUCCAGCUUCCGGCAUCAUGGCCUCUGACCUGGAAAGCAGUCUCACUUCCAUAGACUGGCUCCCCCAGCUCACCCUGCGAGCUACUAUUGAGAAACUAGGGGGUUCCUCGCAGGCGGGGCCCCCAGGGGCUGCCCGGAAAUGCCCCCCAGGUUCCCCCACUGACCCCAACGCCACGCUGAGUAAGGAUGAGGCUGCAGUGCACCAGGAUGGGAAACCACGCUACAGCUAUGCCACUCUGAUUACCUAUGCCAUCAACUCGUCGCCUGCCAAGAAGAUGACACUUAGCGAGAUCUACCGUUGGAUCUGCGACAAUUUCCCCUACUACAAGAACGCUGGCAUCGGAUGGAAGAACUCCAUUCGCCACAACCUGUCUCUGAAUAAAUGUUUUCGAAAGGUGCCUCGACCGAGGGACGAUCCUGGGAAGGGUUCUUACUGGACAAUAGAUUCCUGUCCAGAUAUCUCCCGCAAGAGGCGGCACCCUCCAGACGAUGAUUUAUCACAGGACUCCCCAGAACAAGAGGCAAGUAAGAGCCCACGGGGGGCUGUCCCAGUCAGCACAGAAGCCUCUCUGCCCCCUGAGGCUACCCCUCAGCUAUCACUGCAGAGCACCACACCCAUUGCCAGCUACAGUCAGCAGGGCACAGGGCCCGUGGAUGUGGCAGCCACUGUGGCGGGAGGGCAGGGCCGUGAAGGGGCAGAUGUGCCACCUCCACUCUACAGUACUAACCACGACUUCAAGUUCUCCUACUCUGAGAUCAACUUCCAGGACCUGAGCUGGUCUUUCCGAAACCUCUACAAAUCCAUGCUGGAGAAAUCAUCCUCUUCCCAGCACGGUUUCUCUUCUCUCCUUGGCGACAUGCAGCCCUCCAAUCACAACUACUACAUGUACCAGCAGCAGCAGGGCCCCUCAUCAGUGGGGGCUGCUCCCCCACUCCACACCCCAAGCCCAGAGGGCUGUCCACCCCAGGGGGGCAAGCAGCAGGGUGGCGAUGGCUAUGGCCCCCCACCUGUGAUGUCCAUGCACCCGCCCCCGAUGCAGCAUGGAGGGUACCACCAGCACCAGCAGCACCACCCGCAUACCCACCCACAGCAACAGCAGCACCAACACCAGCAGCACCAGCAGCAGCAGCAGUCACAGGCUUCAAUCAACAGCACUGGCUUUGCAUUCCCCCCUGAGUGGUGCUCCAACAUUGACUCCCUGAAGGAAAGCUUCAAGAUGGUGAACCGGCUGAACUGGUCUAGCAUUGAACACUCCCAAUUCUCAGAGCUGAUGGAGAGCCUGCGCCAGGCUGAGCGGAAGAACUGGACCCUGGAUCAGCACCACAUUGCCAACCUCUGCGACUCCCUCAAUCACUUUCUAACCCAGACUGGUCAGCUCCCUCACCUGGGGGGCCCUCAGCAGCCCCCCCGAAUCUCUGAUUCUUGCGCCCUGAAUAGUGGCAAGCAGGAGCAGUCCAUGAACCAAGUGAACUCUUAUGGUCAGCCUCAGCCUCCCCAUCUCUUCUCCGGGCCAUCUCCUAUGUACCAGAUUUCCACCCAGGACAAUCCAGGGUAUAAUCGCCCAGCUCACCAUCUGGUCCCCCGGCCUCCAGUCCCUCCUCCAGGCGCCAAUGAGGAAAUCCCUGAUGAUUUCGACUGGGACUUGAUCACCUAGCAUGUUACAGACUUGAGAGCCCGUCCCUUGUGAGGGACCUGGGAGGGAAGGAAGGCAUAGGGUGAAAAGUCGCAGGUCCAGCUGCCCGUGCCUCCCUGCCUUGCCUGUAUAUAGAUAUAUAUUCUCUCUCUGCGCCAGAGAAUACACCGCAAGAUGCUGCCGAAGAUAAUCCUUCCUUGCGUCCUGUUUUACCUUUUUUUUUUCUUUUGUUCAUUAUUAUUAUUAUCAGUAAUCGAGCACGGCCCUCCCCCACAUCAGAUCGGCUCCCCCACAUUGUGUGGUGCCCUGCAUGUGGUGGAGGGUGGAGAGAUGGCUCCCUGGUGCCAUGACAAGACCUUGGAAGGCCAAAACCUCAAGAGCAUCUUUCUCUGCCUCCCUCAUUUUGCGUUUUACAAUCCCUCUUUGCUGGUGAAUCUGUUGUAUUGGCUACUGGGGUGAGAGAGUCUAGCGGACCCUGGGAGCCUGUAAUUAUGUUGUUUCGUAAGUGUUGUAAAGGUCAGGGGCUCAAAGGGACAUUGGAGGGGUGAUUUUAGCUCCGUGAUCAUUCUCACACCAGCAGGGGAUGGCAAGAGGAGGAGGGAAGACCCUGAAGAUAAAGAAAACAGAAUCUCUGCGGGGGUGAGCUACAGCUGGGAUUUGGGCCGAGCUGGGAGAGGGAGGCCCUCAGUGCAGAAAAAGGAGAAUUUCAAGCACAGAUGCAUUUGGGAUUCAGAGAACACUGCCAUUUGUAAGGAGAUCAGAGGGAACCUGACCUGUUUUCUAUGCUGACUUUUGUGGUUUCUGGAAAUGUGAAGUCCACCAGUCAAGUAGGGGAAGCUCAGCAGGUGUGUUUUGCACCAGCAUUGGGGGGAUCAGGUACAGCACAUCAAAUAGCAUUCCCCGGGGCUUUUAACGUCACCAUUCCCCCUCACCCCCGCCCCCACUGUCCCUGGCAGAUAUGCAGUGAGGCUUUUAUUUGCAUCUCCAAAGAAGACACCUGCAAAUUUGGAAGCAUUCCCCCUACCCCUCAGUUCUUGUUCAGUUAGUUAUUCCCCCCGUUAAUUUCUUUGGAGACUGUCCUUGCCUGUGGUGCAAGGAUGCAAGCAAAGCGAGUCUUGUCUGCAUAAAUACCCGGUCAGUGGUUCCUAUUGGGGAGCGAACCAAGGAUGGAAAGAAGAAGCCACUGCUCAGAGUUGAGGGAGAUUUGGGGACUUGCAGGUUAGAGAUUGGAGUUGUCCCCCCGUUACCCCCUCUCCCCCAGCCCCAGUUUAAGAGGUGUGAGGCUUUACAGUUGUUACGUUUCAGAAGCAUAGAUGACAGGACAGGAGAUGUUUGUCAGAUAUUUAAACUGCGCAGGCAAAGGGAGGAAUGGGGAGGAUGGGAAGAAGCACUGUUGAAGCAGAAAUGAGUGUUGAGCUGCCCUUUCCCCAGCUGUGUCCCCUGGCUGUCCCCCUGUUUCUAGUGUGGCUCUGUUCUGUCAAACCUCUUGUUUCCUCUUUCUGUUUUGUAGCCCCCUAGCCCCUGUUUCUUGGUGAGGGGAACCAAGUUGGAAGCAAACCAUCAUGGGGACUCAACAUGCCAAGGUUGGGGGAGAUAAUUUAGCAUCGCUAUAUAAUUUGCUGUUGAGAUAAACCAAUUGGAUCUUUGUCGGGAAGAUGGACAGUCUUGGAUUUGAUGGGGGGAGGGGGGUACUGUUUUUUGUUGUGUUUUUUUUAAGUGGGGAUGGUCAUCACUGAGCAUUCCCAAGAGAAGUGGGGAAUCCCAGAGCCGACUUCAGCAUGGAGUUAGCCAGCAGUUCGCUCUGUUGCCCAGGAUGGGAAUGAUAAGACCAGGAAGCCAUGUUCAGUUGGGUUUCUGUGGCACAGAGCUGCAGAGAUCCCCUCCCUCCAGGUGCCACUCAGUGCUUUGCAGGGGAUGUUCCCAAGAGCCGGGCCCAUGGAAGUUGUUCAGGAGGCCGCUUGGCCUUUCAGAGAACCCUGAAAACAAACCCUGAAAGCAAACCAAGAUGGCUCCUUUGCGUAGUCAAGUGCUCCUCACUUGCAUAUUCAUUUGCCUUGUUUGCAUAUUCAGUUGCGCAUCGUUUGCAUAUGUAAAUAUAUGCCGGUCAGUGUGCAAACCAGCCUCGCCCCCCACCCCUGAAAUACCGUGCAUCAUUUGUGGGCAAGAUGGCAUCGGAUUGGACACGUGGAACUGCACUGCAAGCUGGUGACGUAGCCUGUCAGGAGUGAAGGGAUGCAGUCAACGGAGAUCAGCCUGCAAGCGAGAGGAGUCCCUUGCACUGUGGUGUGGCCCAUGAUGCUUUGUGUCAAAGAGAGAGGAGAGGGGGUGUGGCCUCACGAGUUUAUUUUUGUGCAUGCUUUCUUAAUAAAAACAAAAAGUGAAUGUUUAUGGUUUAA